AUGUAUUCCACGAGCACUCAGAAGAAGGAGUGGACGUUCACAAAGGAUGAGCUGGCCGAAAAGCGUAGACUUGCUAAUGAGGCUUUCCGCUAUAAGCAGGCGGAUUUGCUACAGCCUGGAGAAGAAGAGAUUCUCCUGACGGUCGAGGAAGAGGCCCAAAUGUUAAAUGUGGUAGAGUGCGCUGCGAUCAGGAUAGCAUUGCAGAUUGUGAUGAUGGCGUGUUUCUAUCUUGCCAUGAAAGUCGAAGAGUUUUACGUCACCAUUGACGAAUUUGUGGCGAAUCUAAGAUCUGGAACUCCGGAACAGAACACGACCCGGAUUUUAGGUUUGGAGCCUGAAAUUAUGCGCGCUCUUCGUUACCAUAUAACAAUACAUUGUCCUUUUCGGCCUUUUGAAGGGCACUUGGUGGAAAUGAAAACAAGAAUGCUACUUCUUAAUUUCAACGUGGAGACAAUUCGCGAGCCUGCAGAUCAGUUUUUUAGGAAAGCACUUCUGUCGGACAUUAUGCUUAUGUAUCCACCUUCUCAGAUAGCGCUAGCUGCUUUGAAAUAUGGUUUAGAUUCUUUAGACAAAUCUCCCGAUGUUCUUACGGAAUUUCUUCAAAAACUAAUGGGUAUUGAAGAUGAUUGGAAAGGUACGCAUGGGGAUGCCUUACAAAUCAUUGAUAAGCUACUCAUCAGGCAAGUACUAGUAGGUUGUUACCCCUGA